AUGCGUAUUGUUUCAUCGACAGCAUUUUCCCAGAAAUGUGCGCAAAGAAUCAUGAAUUACUUUUCAUUGUGGCGGAAUCUGUAUUGCAUGAUAUCAGGAGCUUAUGUUCUGUUUGUAUUCAUUCGAGCAUUUCUUCCCAUGACUAAUAACAUUGAAACAUCAUCAACUUACAAGGAUAUUCCUUCUCAUAUUGGAAGUGCAAAGAUAAACGUGAGUGAUGUUUAUCAAAACCACAUAGACAGGGUAAUAAUUAUGGUAAUAGAUGCUCUUCGAGUGGACUUUGUUGAUCAUUUGCACAGUAAAAUCAAUAUGCCAUAUGUUCAUUCCAUGUUGGAGAGAAAAGAAGCCUUUAUUGUAGUAGGAAAUGUUCAAACACCAACGGUUACAAUGCCGAGAUUGAAAGUUGAUAAUAAUGUUACACAGCAUUUAGAAAAUGAAUUAGCAGCUAAUGACUGGGAGAUUAUGAUCCUACAUUACUUAGGAUUAGAUCAUAUUGGUCAUCUAGAAGGACCUAAGAGUGCUCAUAUUAAUCCAAAAUUAUUAGAAAUGGAUCUUAUUGUGAAAAAAAUACAUUAUGCAAUGAUAGAAUGGGCUGAAACACUGUCACUGCGAUCCAUAUUAAUAAUUUGUGGGGACCAUGGAAUGAAAGAUUCUGGAGGGCAUGGAGGAGCAACAACUGCUGAGACCACUGUUCCUAUUAUAACGCUUGGUGUGAGACAGCACUCUCCUGCUCAUAGUGGAGUUAGUUCAGUAUCUCAAAUUGAUUUGGUUCCUACUUUAUCAGUAUUAUUGGGAUUGCCCAUUCCUAAGUGUAAUAUUGGAAAAUUGAUACCUCAAUUCUUCCAGAAGUUCUCUAUGAAGAAAAAGUUAUUUGCUUAUUAUUAUAAUGCCAAGCAAGUGACAGAUCAUUUUAAAGAAAUUAAUUCAUAUCAUACUACAGAAGCCUAUUUAAAAUACGAAGAAGCAACUCGAUUGCAUGAAUUAUGGAUAAAAUCUAAUUAUCAAAUAGUCCAUGAUGCAAAGAAAUCAGAAGAACUUUAUCAGUCUUCCUUGGAAGAUAUGAGUGAAAUAUUAGGGAACAUAAGAGUUACCCAAGACGUAUUUUGCCUUUUAAUAGCAAUAUGUAUUAAUCUUCAGAUAUGUGGAAUUCUUCUCUUUCAAAAUACAAACAUCAUAAAUACAUCUUCAGGGAUUUUUCAUAUUUUUAUAUUUAUAUUUACAUUAUCCUUUUUCAAUAUUCUUUAUUGCUUGAGCAGCGAAUCAGAAAGUGCUGUUUGUAAAUUUAAUAUGGGUAAUGCUCUGGGAGUAACAUUACCUAAUAUUGUUUUGAUAUCUAUCAAUAUUUCUAUUAUUACCAAUUCGUGCACCAUUUCAUGGUUUUCACAGUCAUCAAGAAACCAGGCACUGAAAUGGUUUUUGGUUGGAUCAGGAUUACAUCUUAUUAGUUUUUUGUCAUCCAGUUUUAUUGAAGAAGAACAUCAAGUUUGGUAUUUUGGAUGGUUGACAUUUUUAAUGUUUGUCCUAAGCAAGCAGUGCCAAAUAUCAUACCUAAGUGGUAGUUUUAAAAAUAUAAUUAUCUUUUGGAGUUUAAUUUUAAUAAUAUGUCAUAGAAUUCUUCGUAAACUUAAUCAGACAGGUGAUAAAUGGGCUUCUGUUCCUGACAUCAGUGAUUGGUUACAUGAACCACACAAUAUAGGAGCGAUUUCAUUAGUUUUUAUCUUAGGGCUUUUAGGAAAUGGACUUUAUGUGGGUUAUUGCCAAUGGAUUCUCUCAGAUCAGAGCAUCAUUUUGAGAGGGUUGUAUGUGGUUUUAUGUUCCUUGUCUCUCUUCAUGGUUUAUUUGUAUCGAGCUGCUACAGGUGCAGUUCUCACAUUGUUUGAUAGUAGUGUUGAUUUAAAAGGCAUUACUGAAGCAAGACUUUUCUGGUGCUUUUUGUUGCUUAUGACAGUACAAGAGUUUACAUUAACUGUAUCCAGGCAAGAGAAGCUUAAAAUACACUUCAUUGGGUCUCUUAUGAAGUGGUCUCUUUCGUCAUGGAUAUUACUUGUCAGCUUGUUGCAUCGACCUCAUAACGUAUUGUUGCCUGGUGUUCAGGCAUUUGCAAGCAUUUUCUUGAACACUUUAUACAAACAAACAUUUAAAACGAAGUUUGAUACAUGUUGGUUGUCAAUUGCCCACUGUUGGCUGGGCAUGGUGUUCUAUUUCUAUCAGGGAAAUUCAAACAGUGUUGCUACUGUAGAUGUGGCAUCAGGUUAUGUUGGAUUGCAGGAUUACAAUCCAUUUGUGGUGGGAUACUACCUAGUGGUCAAUACUUUUGCAGCACCGGUUUUAUCCCUGCUUCUUCUUGUUAGUCAGUUAGUAUGGGAAGCAAAAAGCCGAGGAAUUCAUUGGUGGGUUAAUGUUACUGGAUCAUAUGGAAACAGCUUUCCAUACCGUGAUAUGUUAUAGACUAUGCACGGUCACUGUCUAUCUAGUGCUGAUGAUGUUCCAAAGACAUCAUUUGUUUGUGUGGUCUGUCUUUUCACCAAAGUUACUUUAUGAAUCAGUGUACACCCUUGUGCAAUUCGUUGUCAUUCUUUUUAUAUAUAGUACAUUUUAUGGUAUACAUAUUUUGUUACCUCCUAUUAAGAUGAACAAACAUCAUGAGUGAGACAUGCCUUUUAAAUGUUACUUUUUCAUUUGUUUUAACAAUUCCAAAGGCUGUUGUUGAUUUGUGAUUUAUUGAAUGUGAAUCUGAUCUGAGAAUUGAAUAUAUUUUAUUACUUUCUGGCCUGUAAAUUGUGAUAAUCUUCACUUCUUAUAAUGAUCUAUUUUCUAAUAUUGAAGGGCAGUACAUGGUAUUUUGUGUGCCGAUUAGUUAUUUAAAGACAAAUUGGAUGAAGUUUAUAUAAGAGGACUCAAGGCAGUAUUUAUACUUCAUUUGGACAAACUGAGCAAAGCGUGAAUACAAAAUGUGACAUCACUCCUCUUGUAGCUUCACAAUCACUUGUCAUAAACUGCUUUAAAUCGUAAAGUACUGGUGUUUUUAUCCCAAAAUUAAUUUUAUGAAUAAUUUAAAUUGCAAUGUCUGUAUCUUAUCUAUUGCUGGGAUUUAUGUUGCUUUAUGUACAUCCCAAAGGCUGAAGAUUCCCAAAUAAAUUGGAAAUACGCUUAACUUCCACAGAAAAUAUUAACAGUGACUUGUGAUAUUUGUUGUACUUGCUUACACAAGUAUACUAGUUCUAUUAUGUUGGGUAUGUCUCCCCACCACACUUCACAUUUCCAAUCCAUGCCAUUGGUACUGUGUCAUAAGAUGAGCAAAAAUGGUGCCUGGGUCCCUAAUUGAACAAUAUCUGAAAAAUGUGUCUUUGUCUUCCUCCCUGAAGUAAUGGGAGUUUUAUUUCAAUCCAUUGACCUUCACUGUGCACCCUACAUUUUGUCAGUACCCUCUCCAUUCUGAAAGUAGUACACUAACACCUGUUACAAAGUUGUAGCAGUUCUGUCACAUUUGGAUGAUACCAACUGAGCAAGAUGAAUGUCAUCAAAAUAAUGAUUUUCCUUGUGUGGUCUUGGAUUUUAAUUGUUUUAAUGAUCACCCUUGAAGUUAAUAAUAAACACAAUUCAUUAUUUAAUGAUAUCAAGGAAAAUUUAUAGUGCCUAAAAUGUUCUAAUUAUUCUGGAGAAGCCAAAAAAUACCUGUUGAAUGUAAUUGAAUUUGAAAAGAAUAAACUAAAAAACAUUCUUGCAUGUAAAUUGAGACUGAAGUUGAAUUUUGUAUUAAAUAAAAAUCCUGGAUUACCCCAGCUGUCCUGUGUAUCAAAAGAGAAAGAGACAAUGAAUGAUUGUCUGUUAUUUCAACAUUUAAACAUGCAAAAGUCACAGUGUUGAAUUAAAAAGACCAUUUGUGGGUGUAAAUAUUCUAAAUGAGG